AAUGUCCCCGAUAAAAUGACUCGGCCCAUCGAUCCAUCCAGCGCGCGAGGGAGCGACGACGCCGACCACUUCCAGGAAGGAAACCACACAACCCAGCCCAACCGGGACCCCGAUCCCCCCCAAGGGAGAGGGCGAGCCGGGAGGGCAUCUCCGGAGACAAAGGCGGAGCCCUCGCCGGCGCCGGCCAUGGGCGCUUCCCCGGCGAUGUGGGCCGGGUUGGUCCUGGCGGCGUUCUUGGCCGCAUCUGGGGCGACGGCCUCGGCGGCGGCGCUGCCGAGGUUCGCCGAGGCGCCGGAGUACCGGAACGGGGAGGGGUGCCCCGCGCCAGUGGCUGGCGCGGGGGUGUGCGACCCGGGCCUGGUGCACAUCUCCAUGACUCUGGACGCGCACUACCUCAGGGGGUCCGUGGCGGCCAUCUACUCGCUGCUCAAGCACGCGUCGUGCCCGGAGUCGCUCUUCUUCCACUUCGUGGCCGCGGAAGGCGGCAGCGCGCCGGAGGUCGGCGAGCUCAGGGCCGCCGUGGCGGCGUCGUUCCCGUCGCUGCGGUUCGAGAUCUACCCGUUCCGCGCCGACGCUGUCGCGGGGCUCAUCUCCGCGUCCGUGCGCGCCGCGCUCGAGGCGCCGCUCAACUACGCGCGGAACUACCUCGCCGACCUGCUCCCGCGCUGCGUGCCGAGGACGAUAUACCUCGACUCCGACGUGCUCGCCGUCGACGACGUGCAGCGUCUUUGGGAGACGCGCCUGCCCGCCGCCGCCGUGGUGGCCGCACCCGAGUACUGCCACGCCAACUUCUCCCGCUAUUUCACCGAGGCCUUCUGGUCCGACACCAAGCUCAGCGUGCGCGUCUUCGCUGGGCGCCGCCGCGCGCCCUGCUACUUCAACACGGGUGUCAUGGUCAUCGACCUCCGGCGAUGGCGCGUCGGCAAUUACCGCCGCCGCAUCGAGUGGUGGAUGGAGAUGCAGAAACAAAAAAGAAUCUACGAGCUUGGGUCCUUGCCCCCGUUCUUGCUCGUCUUCGCCGGCAAGGUAGAGGCCGUCGACCACCGGUGGAACCAGCACGGCUUGGGUGGCGACAACGUUUUCGGCAGCUGUCGCCCCCUCCACGAGGGUCCCGUCAGCCUGAUGCACUGGUCCGGGAAGGGCAAGCCAUGGGACCGCCUCGACGCCGGCAAGCCUUGCCUGCUCGACCACACCUGGAAGUCGUACGAUCUCUACAUUGACGAGAAUGAUUCAUCUUCAGCAUCAGCGCCGUCCCGGUCCGCCUUAUCAUCAUCUGAAUUGCCUGCUGCGGUGUUUUCUUGGUAGAAGCUGAAGACAGAGACAAAAAUUCUUUCAUUUGGGGAGGUCGUGGUUCUUGGCCGGUAAUGGAAUUGCCUUGCAAUGCGUUGCCACUGCCACCACAGCUGCCGCUUUCGGCUGUACAGGACAGUGAGGGGAGGGGCGACACAUUGCAGCGGCAGUGAGGGAAGACGACAGUGAAUUGAGAGAGCAAAUUAUUGUUCAUUUGCGCUACGAUUCAGAUUGAUUCAUUUAGGCUUUGAUUGGGAGGUGGUGACUAUCAGUGGUUGGAAUUACUUGAUUGGUGGUGUACAAUUCUUGGAUAGGAUAAAGGCUUCAUUUUUUGUCUAUUAGUUCAGAAUUGUUUCAUGUACAUGUCUAUUCAGUACACUCGUAUAAUAUCAAUUGAAUUGAUUUGAAUCAAA